AUGACCGUGGCAGCUCUGAUCAUGCUUGCUUCCUUUACGACGGCGGCUGCUAUAACGCAGACGAGUGGCCACUACAGUACCUUCUCUGGGCCCGUUUCUGGCGCCAUUCGACAGGUGGUGGCUAAUCCGCGUGGAGCUGUGGAUUUCGUGUGCUUUGCGUGGGAGCCAACUGCCAGUCUCUACAUCAGAUGCAGACAUGUGGAGAGAGUUUCGAUACAGGUUAAUUACAUCGCGAAGCCAGACUACUCGUUCGCGUUCGGCGUCGAGGACCCGGAGUCGGGCAACGCACAGGCGCACGAGGAGCGCCGUGACGGCGGCGUGGUCAAGGGCCAGUACACGCUGCUCGAGCCGGACGGCCGCACGCGCACCGUCGUCUACACCGCCGACCCCGAGCACGGCUUCCGCGCCGACGUCACCUUCAGCGGCACCGCCAUCUCGCAGCCAAGCAACAGGGUGUUUUAUGGUUUAGGCUAA